UAGGAGUUGAUGGUGUAUGGUGGUUUCUGUUUCCAUACGCUAAACCCUCCAGCGAAAGCGGCGAUGGGUUGUCUCUCCAUUCCCAUCGUCCGCCCAUGAAAUCUCUUUUUUCUCCUCACAAUAUUUCAGCAAAAACUCUACUCUUUAAUUCUCUUAAACCUCUCAUGGCUUCAUCUCUAACCCAUGCACUCGCUCAAGAUCCUCCUCAGGACCUAGACGACCUUCUCUGUUCUAAUCCACAACAACAGCAACAAGAAAUACAGCAAACGGAAGAACAUACCUCUUCUUCUUUUCCAGAUACGGCGUCGUCUUGUUGCUUGGAUCCCGUCGGCAGGUACCUUAAUGGAGAAUCUAGGGUGGAGCGGGCAUGGGCUCACUGGACAAAGUUGGGUCGACCCAAAUUGAUUGUGGCUCCGAUGGUGGACAAUUCUGAGUUGCCGUUUCGAAUGCUCUGUAGAAAGUAUGGGGCUGAGGCUGCUUAUACUCCGAUGUUGCAUUCUAGGAUUUUUACUGAGAAUGAGAAAUAUCGAGACCAGGAAUUUACAACUUGCAAGGAGGAUCGCCCAUUAUUUGUCCAAUUUUGUGCCAAUGAUCCAGAAAUCUUAUUGGAAGCUGCAAGGAGGGUGGAACCUUAUUGUGAUUAUGUUGACAUUAAUCUCGGGUGUCCUCAGCGGAUUGCCAGGAGGGGCAACUAUGGAGCUUUCUUAAUGGAUAAACUUCCACUUGUCAAAUCCUUAGUUGAAAAGUUGACUCUAAACCUUAAUGUUCCAGUUUCCUGCAAAAUCCGAGUGUUCCCGAAGUUAGAAGAUACUAUUAAUUAUGCUAGAAUGCUGGAAGAAGCUGGUUGUUCUCUUUUGGCUGUCCAUGGCCGAACUAGAGAUGAGAAAGAUGGAAAGAAAUUCCGAGCAGACUGGAAAGCUAUCAAGGCUGUGAAAGAUGCUCUCAGAAUCCCAGUUCUUGCCAAUGGGAACAUCCGGCACAUGGACGAUGUUCAGAGCUGUUUGGAAGAGACUGGUGCUGAUGGGGUACUUUCUGCAGAGUCUCUCCUUGAGAAUCCAGCUCUCUUUGCUGGAUUUCGGACCACAGAAUGGGUAGUUGGCGAUGAAGAAAGCAACAUAGAUGGAAAACUGGACCAGGCAGAUCUGUUAGUGGAGUAUUUGCAACUUUGUGAAAAAUACCCUGUACCCUGGAGAAUGAUUCGUGCUCAUGUGCACAAGAUGUUGGGAGAGUGGUUUAGGAUACAUCCUCAUGUAAGGGAGGAGCUCAAUGCACAGUCGAUACUGACCUUUGAGUUUCUGUAUAAUAUAGUGGAUAAACUUAGAGAGCUGGGUUUAAGGAUUCCCCUGUACGUGAAAGAAACUAAUGUUGGUACUCAUGUGGCAGGAGUCUCUGCAAAUGGUUCAGCCAAUUAAAUUUUGCAAUACAUGAUAGUUAGGUUGCAGGUGCACAUUUUCACCAAUGGCGAAAUGAGAAUCAACGAACAGGUUAUCGUUAACUUAAUCAAUUUGUUGUCACUUUAGCACAGUAUUAGAUUUAGAACUGUAAUACAUUUUGUGGUGCUAUUUAUUGCUAAUUGAUUUGUGGAGGAAGCAGAAGACAUUCUAGCAGUUGAAUGGCUGCACUCCAAAUUCAUACCAGAUCUUUUUACCUGUAUUCCUUGUAACUUUUUUCAAGCAUUUUUGUAUUGAAUUCCCCUUAUUGCUGAUAAUUGUAUUUAAUAA